AUGAACGUUUGCAGUUCACGAUACUGUCAGUAUAAUUUGGCUGGCACCUAAAUGGUUCCAAUUCCAAAAUAUAGGGUUUAUUGUCCCUUCUGUAAACAUGCCUAUUAUUGUUCUCAAAGAUGUCGAGACAUUGAUUGGUAAAUUGAGUUAUUAUGUAAGGACUUCUGGACACAAAAACCAAUGUAUACCCUAAAACAUGUUAAAUUCAUAGGAAAUAGCCUAUAGUGACAAGGUGUCAACUUUGAGACAAAUGAAAAGAAGUCCGGAAGAGUUUGAACUCAUAUAUGAUUAUCCACAACUUGGCAAAGGCAGUUUUGGAGCUGUAAGGUUGGUGAAGGAUAGAACCAAUGGAUAAUUACAUGCAAUGAAGAUAGUACCUUUGAUUAUCAAUUGUAGAUGAACAAGAAAGAGAUUUUUGAGUACUGUUCGAUUGAAAAUCUUAAGCGAGAAAUUCGAAUACAGAGGAAGUUGAAUCAUCCCAAUAUUACUUAACUAUUCCAUUAUUUCGAGGACAAAGACAAAGUGUACCUCAUCUUGGAGUAUGCAGAACAUGGAUCCCUAUUCCAACUAUUAAAGAGGAGAGGAAAAUUGAAUGAAAUCGAGGCUCUUAAAUUCUUUAAGUAAACUUGUUUAGGAAUUGAUUAUUUGCAUCAACAAAAUAUAAUUCAUAGAGACCUCAAAGUAACUCAUUAUUUUUCAUAUGUAGCCUGAAAAUAUAUUAUUGGAUAUCACUGACACUGUCAAGAUUUGCGAUUUCGGAUGGUCAGCUGAAAAUUUGGGUUCAAAAAAGAGAAGCACUUUCUGCGGAACAAUAGAUUACAUGGCCCCUGAGAUGAUUGAAGAUAGACCUCAUGAUCACACUCUGGACAUCUGGUGUUUAGGAAUUCUACUCUACGAAUUACUACAUGGAGAAGCACCUUUCAAAGGGAAAAAUGACAUUGAAAAAUGCAACAAUAUUGUUAAAAUCAAUUACUAAAUACUGGAUAAUAGUUUGAGUUCGGAUGUUAAGGAUCUCAUAACGAGUCUUAUCAAGUAUCAAUAAAAAGAUAGAUUAACUAUGAAAUAGAUUUUGAAUCACAGAUGGCUCAACAAAAAUGAAUUCGAAUUGGAAAAGAUACCGAACCAAUAAAAUAGAGUCAGAGUCAACGGAAAUACUAUGCAUUCAGAAAAUCAGUAUUUCUCUAAAUCUACUGCUUCUUCCCAACAAUCUUUUAUAAGGUAAAAUGUAGCAUUCUAAUCUCAAACUGAAAAUUCUGUUUAAGAUUACAAAUAACAAUAUCGUCGUAGUAGACAUUCAGAAUCUUAAAAAAAAGAGAUCAGAUCAUAAACAGUAAAAUAAAGAAAUGAAACAUUCAUGCAGAAAUUAUUAGUUGCCUUAGGUUGUGUUAAAAGAGAGUCGUAUGUUGAUACAAGUUGUUUAGAUACUUAAAAAUAAUGA